UAUGACGACUAUUCCUAAACGCUGAGCCAGCGUGACAACCUCGAAGACGCUGUCUAUAGUCGCAAGCGGCGCCCCCAGCCGUUGUAUAAUCCUCGAGCCUCAGACGACUCAGAAAUACCAAGGCCGAAGACUCGAGACAUCCCAAGAGCGUCAGACAUCCUUGGAAUAUAGCGAGACUAGCGCUGUCACUGUUCACAAUGAGCGACUACGGAGAUGAAGAUUACAUCGAGUUCGACGAUGAUUGGUUUUAUGUUGAGGAUGAAUACACUGCUGCUGAUGAUCUUGCCGAGCAUGCCGUUGGCUCGCCGCCUCCUCCUAAUUGCCUCGACGAAGAAGAUCCAACGCUCAACUGGGACCGGUUCGAUUACUUCAACGAUCUAGAGUACGCAUCGGACGGUUACGACGACGCAAAGUUUGAACCUCAUCGGAGCGGACAUACAUCACAGAAUAAGAGGAAGCGAGUAGGGGACAGUAGACGAAACAAGAAGGUGCGAAAACUCAAUGAUAGGAGAUCAACCUCACCAAGUGUUGGUCAACCAGUACUGCCACCCGUUGUAUGGCGCGCACAAGCAGAUCGGGAAGAAAAGCCGAGGAUCAUACACGACGGACUCGAACCAUAUGCUCUGCUAAAGGAUUGGAGAGUUCGACUGGCGAGUGUGCCUACCUGGGCGUCUGCGUCACCAAGGGGUACAACUGCCAAAGGAAAGGCAAAGGCGACAGAUGGAUCGGAGCUUGGACCCAAUGACGAGGAAACCAAGGAAUUGGAGGAAGAAGACCUGGUGGAGGAAGAUGAAGACAACGAGGAGGACGACGAGGAAGACGGCGGUGCUGGUAUAGAUGCGGCAGCAUUGAUGGCCUCUCUGCAGAAGAAUCUCGCUGCAGCGGGCGGUCCGCUCAGUGGUAUGGACCCUGAGCAGUUGCUACAGUUUGCCAUGCGCAUGAUGAAUGACCAAGAUGCGGGAGAUGACAUUGCAGGAGAACUCGCCGACGAUAUGCUCAACCAAGGCGACGGGGACGAGGACGGUGAAACGGAAUCUGCAGACCUACUUUCCUGGCUAGCUCGACAAAAAGAAGGCUCCGCAACAGCCAAUUCAGCAGGACCUAAGAGCAAAAAUGAAGCUCCUCGGUCUAAAUCGCCAUUGUCGAAACCAAGUCAAGAUACUCUGGCAGCCGAAGACCAAAUGGAGCUUGACGACUCUGAUGCGAAAGGCUCCAGGUCUUUGACGAAUAAUGGCCAUAACACCCGCAUCCCACCACAAGAAGCGUCUCGAAAGAGAAAAGCAGAUGAGGAUGUAGACGCGACUGCCUCUACAGCGACAGCCAGAAAGCGAGCGGCACGUUCCUUCGAUGCACCCACAGCUUCCAGCCAAGCCAAAACGACACGAAGUGGACGCGUGAGGCGCUGAUCUCUCGUGCGAAUCAAGGAUACUAGAUCCAAAGUCAUCACAAUUGUGACUCGAAUGACAAUGCAUCGGCCGGCGAAUGAUGCAUGUCCAUUAUUUCCG